UUUUUUUUUAAUAUUUGUCAUAAACUGUUCAGUUGGUGAACGCUUUUUUUUUGUUGUUGUUAAUUUCGUUGAACUUAUUUGAUUUAUAAUUUGUUUGAUAUAGAUAUUGACAAUAAACAAUCAUGGUUAUUAAACCGAUGGAUAUUGAUGAAAGAUCUGGUGAUGGUCUUCAUCAAUAUUAUAUAACAAAGAUUGAAGAAUUACAAUUGAUUGUCAAUGAAAAGACACAAAAUUUGCGACGUUUGCAAGCACAACGAAAUGAACUCAAUGCCAAAGUACGUAUGCUUCGUGAAGAAUUGCAAUUAUUACAGGAACAAGGUUCCUAUGUUGGUGAGGUUGUCAAACCGAUGGAUAAGAAAAAAGUUUUGGUAAAAGUUCAUCCUGAAGGCAAAUUCGUUGUCGAUAUUGAUAAAAAUAUUGAUAUUAAAGAUGUGACCCCAAAUAGUCGUGUUGCAUUACGAAAUGAUUCGUAUACAUUGCAUAAAAUAUUGCCCAAUAAAGUUGAUCCACUUGUUUCACUUAUGAUGGUCGAAAAGGUACCCGAUUCAACAUAUGAAAUGGUCGGUGGAUUGGAUAAACAAAUUAAAGAGAUCAAAGAAGUUAUAGAAUUGCCCGUAAAACAUCCGGAAUUGUUUGAAGCUCUUGGUAUCGCUCAGCCAAAAGGUGUGCUACUUUAUGGACCACCUGGAACCGGUAAAACUUUAUUGGCACGUGCUGUUGCUCAUCACACCGAUUGUACAUUCAUUCGAGUAAGUGGUUCUGAAUUGGUCCAAAAAUUCAUCGGUGAAGGUUCACGUAUGGUUCGUGAAUUGUUCGUCAUGGCUCGUGAACAUGCACCAUCAAUCAUUUUUAUGGAUGAAAUCGAUUCGAUUGGCUCUUCCCGUAUCGAAUCGGGUUCUGGCGGUGAUUCCGAAGUACAACGUACAAUGUUGGAAUUAUUGAAUCAACUUGAUGGUUUCGAAGCAACCAAAAAUAUCAAAGUAAUUAUGGCCACUAAUCGUAUCGAUAUCCUUGAUCCGGCAUUGUUACGUCCAGGUCGUAUUGAUCGUAAAAUUGAAUUUCCACCACCGAAUGAAGAUGCUCGAUUAGAUAUUCUUAAAAUUCAUUCACGUAAAAUGAAUCUUACACGUGGCAUUAAUUUGAGAAAAAUUGCUGAAGUUAUGCCCGGUGCAAGUGGUGCCGAAGUUAAAGGCGUAUGUACCGAAGCUGGAAUGUAUGCGCUUCGCGAACGACGUGUUCACGUAACACAAGAAGAUUUUGAAAUGGCCGUUGCUAAAGUGAUGCAAAAAGAUGCCGAAAAAAAUAUGUCUAUAAAAAAAUUGUGGAAAUAGAUUUUUUCAUUAAAACAAAAAAUUUUUUCAUUUA